AUGCUCAAGGCGCAGCGGAAGAAGCUGCAGGCGCAGCACAAGGCCGAGUCGGCAGCGGCGCCGACCCAGGCGUACACCCCUCCGUCCAAGCCUGAGCCGUUUUCGCCGCUCUCGGCGGCGUCGGCUUCGCCGGCCUCCGCCGCCUCGCCGGCACAGGCUGGUGGGAGCCAGCCACUCUCCAAGCAUCGCCUCACCUCGCUCAUUUCAUUUCUCGACGCUGUGGAGGCCGGCGAUGCGGCGUCGGCGUCGCCUGGCGCGCUCUCGGGCUCGUUCUCACCGGUGGAGGCGUCACGGCGCGGGCCGACCUCGCCAUCGCUCUCUCCAGCACCAGGGUCCUCGGCGAGCACGCCACCAGGACCCGGCACGUCGGCAGCGGCGGCUGAAGAGUCGAGCAAGACGAUUGCGCUGCUGCAGUCGACGUUGCGCGAGACCCGGGCCAACGCUGCGCUGCAGGUUCGUGCAGCACAAGCGGCUGGUGAAAAGGCCGCCGACGCAGUCCGGGGUGAGAUGGAGGCCGCGCUUGUCCGUCACCAGGAGCUCAUUGACGGGCUGCUUGCCGACAAGGCGGCACUCGCGGACAAGUGCGAAGUGCUUGCCGCCCAGAACUCGGACCUCGAGGCCGCACACCGGCUCCGCGAAGAGCGGCUGCAAAAAGCGUCGCAGCAGGCUAUUGCCGCCGCCCGAGAGAAGCUCGUUGCCGCCGAGAAGAUCCGUCGGGAAAAGUGGAUGGCAGCCAACCGCAACGCCAUCAAGGAAGAGACCAUUGCUGCGCUCGAGCCCGAGAUCCAGCGGCUGCUGGCAAAACACAAGUCGGAUCUUGCGGCAGCGGCGGCGGCUGCUGCUGCCGACAAGCGGGCAGCUCUUGACGCCGCCGCCGCCGACGCCGCCUCGGCCGCCGCCCGCCUCCGUGACGAGUGGCAAGCCAAGCUUGACGCUGCGCUCGCCGACGCCGCCGAUGCCAGGCGCGGCGUCGCCGCCUCGGCCUCUGCCCGCGCUGAAGAGGAGCUGGCUGCUGAGCGCGAGGCUUGGAAGGCUAAGUUCGACGCCGAGCGGGCCGCCGCCGCUGCCGAGCUCGACCGCAUCCGGGCGGCCCAGCAGAAGCGACUCGACGCGGCAGCGCGCGAUGCUGACGCGCGGCUUGCCGCUGCCCUCGACGACGCCGAGGCCCGUCGUGCCGAGGAGGCUCGUCGUGCCGCUGUCGCGCUCGCCACUGCCAAGGAAGAAGCGGCGCUUCAGAUGGAGACGUUCAAGACGCAGUACAUGCGUUCAGUCCGUGCCAAGGCCGAGGCGGCCGAGGCCCGGCUUCGCGAGCAGCUCAACGAGCAGCGCGACGCCCAGAUCAAGCGAGUCAUCGCCAAGCUCGACGACGAGGCCGCUGCGCUCGAAGAUGAGCUCCGCGCCGACGCUGCGGCUUCGGUCAAGGCCGAGACUGCUGCGCUAGAGACUGAGCUGGCGGACGCUCGGGCCGACGUGGCUGCCGCCAAUCGCGAGACGGCGCUUGUCCGCGCUAGGAUUGCUGAGUUGGAGACCGCGCUCGCUGAGACCGCGACUGAGCUUGCCGCCGCGCGCGAGACGGCCGACAAGGCCACCGCCACCGCGGAUGAUCUCCGCCGCGAGCGCGACACCGCUCGCGCCCGCGUCGCUGAGCUCGAGUCUGAGCUCGCCGACGCCGCAGCCGCUGGGGAGCAAAAGGCCAAGGUGGCGGCGGCGGACAAGCUCGCUGCUGCCCACAACGCAGUCCGUGUGGCGCAGGACGAGGCCAAGGCAGCGGCGGCGGCGGCUGAUGACCGCGUCGCCACGCUCGAAGCCGCUCAUGCUGACGAGCUCGCCGCUGUGGAGGAGCGCGUCCAGCGCGCAGUGGCCAAGCGCGACGAAAAAGUGGCGCAGUACAAGAGUGCGUUGCGUAAGGCCAAGGAUGACAUUGUUACUUACAAGCGCAUGCUCGCUGAGCAGCGCAAACUGCUCGUGACGGCAUGA